AUGAGAUCAACCGGCGACGUACACGGACUGAGAAAGUUGUACGACCACGUCCAGAACCACGUACGCGGACUGCGCGCCCUCGGCGUUUCAAGUGAAAGUUACGCCUCAAUGAUGGUGGACAUUCUGUUUACGUCGCUGCCGCAGGAUAUGGUGGUUGAGUAUCAUCGGUUGGCCAGGUAUACGUCGACCGACGAACAAGAAUCGACCAGCGGAUCGGAGUCCGAAGCAGACGAGGAACUAGCAAAGACCACGUAUCUCCGGGGUCUAAUCGACGGAGGUAGCCAGCGUACCUUCGUGCGCGACGAUGUAGCGAAAAGACUCAAGCUCAAGGUGGUGGGGGAAGCGUCACUGCAACUCAUUACCUUUGCCAACGACACCACCGCUAGAAGACCAGUGGUAAAGGUGAAGAUUGUGCAGCUAGUGCUCCAUAGCCAAUACAACUCCGAAGCGUACAUCAUCGAGGCCCUGACGAUCCCAUCUAUCUGCGAGGUGACGUGCCCAAAUAUUCCCGGCGAAUCUGGAAUCAGCGUUUUGAUUGGGUGCGACCACAUGUGGCGGCUGCUGAGUGGUGAAGUCUGCCGAAGCAAGGACAACGACAAGUUGGUGGCAAUCUCGACAGUUUUUGGAUGGACGUUUCAGGGACCAACGACGUUAUCUGCCCACCUCGGCAUCGACAGAACAACUGCUGCGUGCGUGUUGCGUGUGGGUGUAACAGAGAAACCCCCACCGGACUAUCUGAAACGAUUCUGGGAGUUGGAGAGCGUGGGAAUUGUCGACGAUGAAAAGAACAAUACGCUAAUCGAUUCAUCCGCCAUGGAGGAAUUCCAGGAAAAUAUCACGUUCGCCGAUGGUCGAUACCAAGUUGCUCUGCCAUGGAAAGCAGGGAUGGCCACCUUGCCCGAUAACCUCGAGGUGGCGAAAUGCAGGCUACAGAGUCUCGUGCGGCGGCUACGGCGAGAUGGCAGCGUGAGGCAGUACGACGACGCCAUAAGGGCCUACACCAAAAACGACCACGCAGAAAGGGCAACUGUCGACGCGCGGGAUUCGGACUGCACGUGCUACUACAGGCCACAUAGAGCGGUGAUCCGCGACAGUUCCACUUCCACAAGAUUACGGGUCGUCUUCGACGCCUCGUCUCACGGUCACGCAGCCACGUCCUCGAGCGACCAUCUUGAAAAGGGUCCAAAACUUAAUUCCGAUCUGAUACCCAUUUUGCUGCACUUCCGCAUGUACAAGAUUGCGAUUACGGCAGACAUUCAGAAAGCAUUCCUGCAAAUCAGCAUCAGACCAUCAGAUAGAGAUGCAUUGCGCUUUCUCUGGUUCUCCAGCCCGCCUUUUCCUGGUGCCCCAUUGCCAGCACUUGAACAUUGGAGAAUGACCCGCGUGCCUUUCAGGACUUCCGCGAGCCCAUCUCUGCUUGCGGCUACUCUGCAACAUAAUCUGCAAAACACGAAAGGACCCGACGAGGACAUUGCCAUCACUUUGGCCAUCUCCGUUUACGUAGAUGAUCUGCACAUGGGUGCCGAUACGCUGGAGAAAGCAAGGAGAAUCACCGCGGGAGCGCAGGCCAUAAUGCAACGGGCAGGGAUGAAGCUGAGCAAGUGGUCAUCGAGUGCCAUGGAGCUGCAAAGUGUUUUCGAAGAGCCGAACACGGACAACUGCAACGUGAACAAGCGGCUGGGAGAUACUGAAGACAGAAAAGUCCUUGGCAUCGUUUGGGACAGAACUGGUGAUAACUUCAGGUUUUCUGCCGAACAUCUACUGGACACUAUGACCGCCGCAACGCCGACGAAGCGCAGCGUGUUGCAAACAUGUGGCAAGAUCUUUGACCCGCUCGGUUUCCUCGCUCCUUAUAGAAUCAGAGCGAAUAUUUUAUUCCAGAGAAUAUGGGAGCGAGGACUGGACUGGGGGGGACACCGAGCUCCCAGAUGA